CGUAAUCGAAGAAACCUGCCAAUGAGAACUGUCCGUGCCUGUCGUUCACAUUUGAAACAUCCACGUCAGUUUGAGCGGGUCUCCUCCUGCUGGAGCUACAGCUGUCUGUGUGUCUGCUACAGGAGUUUAUGGAUUCAUAUCGGGAUCGUUUUACAUCUACACGUUAAAUAUGAGCAUCGGGACGUCAACAAAUAACAGAAGACUUGAGAUCUGAGCACCAGUGGACAGUGAGGACUAUGGAAGAGAAGAUGUGAUGGCUUUGUGUGGAAAGCUGCUGAUGGCAGCCUGUGUCCCUCAUCAGUCUCUCCAGGCAGCACCCAGCUAUUCUUCCAUCUUGCAGAUGGAAAGACUUUGAUAUGUGAGUAAUAACUAACUUGUGUCUAACAUAAUAUUGAAUGUGGUUUAGUAAAGUAUUUAAAAAAUACCCCACAUUGUACAUGUACAGGACAAUCAGACCUUGUUCAACAAAGAUCAUCAGACAAUUGUUUUGUCUUUGAGGUACAGCCGCAGCAGAGAGUCUGAGUUUGAAGAAAACACUAACAUUUUAUUUAGUGUUGUUUAAUCAAUCAAUAUUUACUGGUCUUGAAUUUCCUCACUGGAUUACAAAAUGCUCGAAUCUUAUUGUACAGGAACAUUAUUUAGAUUCAAUCACCUGAAGAUGAAAAUAUAGAUUCAGCUAGGGGUGGGCGAUAUGACGAUAUAUAUCGUCGUGACGAUAUUAGGUCUCCACGAUAUGCUUUUUCAGAGAUAUCGUCCUAUAGUGAUAAAAAAAAAAAGAAAAAGAAAAAUAGCGGGAGGGGAAGAGGCUCUCCGUGUGCGGCGCAGGGGGCUAUGACAGCGGACGGAGAGCCUCUUACCCUCCCGCUCCCCCAGCCUCACCUACUGAUUUUAAUUUCACCAUAUAUCAAGCCCGAUCGAUUUCACAAUGUCAGCGCACCUCUGCUUUCGUUCAGUCCGAGUUGUUUGACACGCUCCCAAAGUCCCCGCCCCCUUUCUUUGCAGCGGGAAAAUACACUGUUGACAGACACACAGCAAUAAUGGACGGAGAGUCAGAUUCUGAUGUAGAACAAUUAGAUUUAGUCCCCAAAAAGAACUCUACGUCUGUGGUAUGGAAGUAUUUUGGCUAUAAGACAACAGACACGGAGCAAACAAAUGUCAUCUGCAAAAUGUGCAAACAAGGACAUUUCAAAGCGACAGAUGGCAACACGUCGGGCUUACGAGACCACCUCAAACGCAAGCACCAGAAAGAGCAUGCAGAGACUGUAAGAGUGCAAGGUCCCCCGCGUGUGAAUGCACAAUCUACCGCAGCGACUGCACCAAAACAAACCACCAUAGGUCAGGCAUUUCAUAAAGGGGCUCCUUAUGAAAAGACUAGCAAACGGUGGAAAGACAUAACUGACGCGGUGGCGUUUUAUGUGGCCAAAGAUAUGCAACCAAUACAGAGCGUGGAAAACAAAGGUUUCGUGAGGCUGAUGAAAACAGUUGACCCACGGUACCAGGUGCCCAGUCGAAAAUAUUUUUCUACAAAGGCCAUUCCACAAAUGUACACUGAAUGCCGAGAGAAGGUACAACAGGAAAUUCAAAAUGUCCAGUUUUUUGCUACAACCAGUGAUUUAUGGUCUAGCCGCACGUCAGAACCGUAUAUGAGUCUGACCAUUCAUUUCAUUCACAAGUGGAAGCUGCAAAGUGCAUGUCUCCAAACGAUAUACUUCCCGGUAGACCAUACAGGGGAACUAAUCGCACAUGGCCUAAGGGACUUACUUCAAGGCUGGGGACUGAAAGAGGAGAACAUGAUCUGCAUGACCACAGACAGUGGAGCCAACAUGGUUAAAGCUUUGGAUCUUAACGCCUGGACUCGCCUGCAGUGCUUUGGUCACAGACUUCACCUGGCCAUCGAAAAAAGUGCCAAAGACCCUCGUGUUGAUCGCACAGUGUCCAUCUUGAAGAAAAUGGUCAGUGCAUUCUCCUUCAGCUGGAAGAAAAAGAGGGAGUUGGCUAGGCUUCAAACAGAGAUGAAGCUACCUCCGCACAAACUCAUCACCGACUCACCAACUCGAUGGGGCUCCAAACUCGCUAUGAUUGAGAGAGUGUUGGAACAGGAAAAGGCCAUUUCUGAGAUCCUUAAGGCAGACAAGAAGACAAGGUGUUUGGUCCCUGGAUACAACGAAAAGGAUGUGAUGGAGUCUGUAGUGAAGGCCCUGGGUCCACUACGGGACUUCACAGAUGCACUCUCAGGUGAGGACUAUGUGAGUGUGUCUUAUGUAAAGCCAGUGCUUCACCUGUUCAAAGAACACCUCUUAAAAGCGGAUGAUGACGACACUGACCUCUCAGGAGAAAUGAAGAUGACCAUUCUCAACUACCUCACUGACAAAUACAAGGAUCCCAAAACUGAGAACUGCUGGAUAUGGCUUCACUUGUUGAUCCAAGGUUCAAAAUAAAGUACAUUGACAGUGACAACUUAGAGAAGAUACAAGCCAGAGCUGUGUCUGAGCUUGAGUCCUUGCUGACUGUCACUUUACAAGCGCAGUGUCCCGCAGCAUCUUCAUCUACCUCCACAUCACAGAGCCUUGAGGCAGAAGCAAACCAGGGCCCCCACAAAAAGAAAGCUAAGAAAACACUGGCCAGCUUUUUGAAGACCUCUGUAACUUCAGCUGGCACAUCUGCUGCUUCUCCAUCCCUAAAAGAAGCAAUAGAUGCAGAAUUGAAGUCCUACCUGUCCGUACCAAAUGCAGACAGUGAAAUGGAUCCUCUGGAAUGGUGGCAAAACCAUGAUGGAAACUUUCCAAGGGUUAGCUAGAAAGUAUCUCUGCAUUCCGGCAACUAGUGCUCCCUCAGAGAGAGUGUUCAGCACUGGUGGCAAUAUUGUCACAUGCCAAAGGGCAACUCUCAAGCCAGAGAAAGUUGACAAACUGAUUUUCCUGGCAACAAAUCUGUGAUUGUGUUCUGUCAACAAGAAAAGAAAAGUAAAACAAGUUUUAAAAAAAAAGAAAACUAUACAAUGUGAAGACAUGCUCUAAAGCUGUCUAGUCAGGAUUCAGACAGUUUUGCACUUUAUUUAUUGUCUUGUUUGAUUCUGUUGGCUUAUAUUUGUUAUAUAAUAAUAAUAUGUUUAUUGAUGUUCAUGUUUAUUGAUGUUCACUGCUCACUUGUUCAUUUCAGAAAUAAAACCAGCUUGAAAUGCUUUUUUGGUCUGUUACUCCUUUUUGUUUUAGUUUCUGUUACCUUGUAGGUGCUUGUACUGUUAAGUAACUUGAAAAAUAACCAUAAUAACCGACAUGAAAAAAUAUCGUGAUAUAUAUCGUCUAUCGUGAUACUGCUUGAAAAUAUCGUGAUAACAUAUUUUUCAAUAUCGCCCACCCCUAGAUUCAGCGAUAUGUACCAUUUUAAGGAAAUAGACUGUUAGUGGUAUUGACCGAAGCUCCGCAGCUGUAGCUAGGCGCUGCUAAUGAAAACUCAAGUGCUCAAUUUGUUGGUUUUUCUUUUUUAUUAAGAAUUGACCAAGCAUAUCUUCCUCUUCGAAAUCCCA